ACCAUCAUGAUCAUGAAGAUGGUCACACAAACUAUGCGUUUGUAACAAACCAUAUAGCUAGCUAGCAUUAUUAAUCUCUGGUUUCCAUAACCUUGUCUCGCUCAAAGUAAAGGAUGAGUUGUGUAAUGAUGAGUAAGGCAAAGCCAUACCUAUUAAUGAUAGGCUUGCAAUUUGGUAUGGCCGGAAAUUACAUCUUCGGCAAAGACAUUCUUAAUCAUGGAAUGAACCGUUUUGUGUUCAUUGUGUAUCGUAAUGCCAUGGCUGCUGCUGCACUUUCCCCUUUGGCCUUCAUUUUUGAAAGGAAAAGCAGGCCCAAGAUGACACUUGCAAUCUUUCUUCGGAUUAUGGUCCUUGGAUUUCUUGAGCCAGUUUUCAAUCAAAGCUUCAAUUACUUAGGAAUGAAAUAUACUUCGGCUUCAUUCACUUCUGCAAUUAUGAAUGCCGUCCCAUCCAUUACCUUUCUUCUUGCACUUCUUACUCGGAUGGAGCAUGUAAAAUUAAAAGAGGUUAGAAGUCAAGCCAAAGUGAUUGGAACCUUAGUAACAUUUGGAGGUGCUGUGUUAAUGGGAAUUUACAAAGGUCCUGGAUUCAACCUUUUUCAUUCUAGAACACAACAACAUCAUGGUGGUGGUGGAGACCCUUCCUCAUCACACAACCACCACCAAAUCGCCGGAGCUCUUUACAUUUUCAUGGGUUGUGUCGCCUUAUCUUCUUUCUACAUAUUACAGUCGAUCACCCUGAAGAAGUACCCGGCGGAGCUCUCAUUGGCGACCUUAAUAUGUUUGGCGGGAACAGGGCAAGCUACGGUGGUUGCACUUGUAGCUGAGCAUCACUCUCAAGCUUGGGCUCUUGGUUGGGACUACAGGCUCUAUGCUCCUCUUUAUACGGGAUUGGUUAGCUCAGCAAUUGCAUACUAUGUUCAAGGAAUGGUUAUGAAAAUGAGAGGCCCUGUAUUUACAACAGCUUUCAAUCCUCUUUGUAUGAUUAUUGUUGCUGCUUUGGGUUCCCUCUUUUUAGGAGAAAGACUUUAUCUUGGAAGUAUUAUUGGAAGCAUCAUUAUUACAAUGGGCCUUUACUUGGUUGUGUGGGGCAAAGCCAAGGACCAUAGAGAGGAAACAAUAAAUUUAAAAUCACUUCCAAUUACAGUAACCAAUGAUUCAAAAAUUGAUAUUAUUGGAAACGAGCACAAAUUAGACGAGUCCAACAUAAAAUAAUAAUGUAGGAAAAUACAUUAUGACGAUUAUAGCGAGUGAAUCAUGGGGAAAUUUGCGUGUGUAAUCAAAUCUCAAUGUGAAAAGAAUGUGUAUGUGUGUGUGAGCAUGCAUUGAUGCAUAUAUAUAUCCAUGUAUGUCUUCCUUGUAAUUUUGUACACUAUGUAUGAUGUAUAAAAAGUGCCUUCUUAUAAUUUUGACUAGAAUCUU